UCCUCCAUCUCCGCGGCGCCGCCGAGCUCUCCGCCGUCCAGCAAGCUGACGGCGUGUCAGCGGAAGCGACUGCCGCUGCCCGGUCAUAGUCAACUGGUCGUUUCCGCAGUUCCAUCAGCGCGCGAGAACCUGGAGAAGAGGGGCAGGUGCUGAUGCUCACUAUCCAUCCCAUUCCCGCCCUUAGUUUUUGAUGCACGCAACGCAGCCGGUCCUUAUCAAUUCGGAGGACUUUAUCUUCUAAUGAACGCGGUGCGUCUUUUCUUAAUCUGUGCUAGCUGCUCAUACUGAUCUGUGCUUUUCUUAAUCGCAUUUGUCCAAUUUUUUAAACGGGGCUGGUGGAGCGCUCAAGGGGCAGUUGAACCCAACCAAUUCAGCAAGCCGGCAAAAAAUUAUGCAAUGCUAUAUCUCAACACUCAAGACCCAGGUAUAUUUUUUCUUGAAAAGAAAUGCCAUGUGCAGUCCGACAAGCAGGCAUUGCAGCUGCACAUACCCCCACCAGGUCUGAAGGCAGAGAAAUGGUGCUUAAUAUGGUUGAUUUCGACGAGGUAAGGUCGUUGAGGUUGCUGUUGAGAUUAUCUCUCUGUCUAAUAUAAAUCUCCUCGGAGGGGAGGGAGUCAACUAUGCACAGAAAGGCACAAGGAUAGAUGGGUGCUGUCACUGCCUUCUUCUACCUCCUGCUGCUGUCCCUCUGGGUUCAGGAUGCAACGGCCGCUGACCUUGGCUUCACAAGAAGUGAUUUCCCACGGGAGUUCGUCUUUGGAUCUGGAACCUCGGCAUAUCAAUAUGAGGGUGCUGUUGCUGAGGAUGGCAGGAGCCCAAGCUGUUGGGACACUUUCACUCACGCAGGCAAAAUGUCAGACAAAAGCACGGGAGAUGUUGCUGCAGAUGGGUACCACAAAUACAUGGAGGAUGUCAAGCUCAUGUCUGAGACAGGCCUAGAGGCCUAUAGGUUCUCCAUCUCCUGGUCAAGGCUCAUUCCAAAUGGACGCGGAGCUGUCAAUCCCAAAGGGCUACAGUACUACAAUAACCUCAUUGAUGAGCUAGUGAAUCGUGGAAUUCAAGUCCACAUCACACUUCACCAUAUAGAUCUCCCUCAGAUUCUUGAAGAUGAGUAUGGUGGAUGGUUAAGCCCCAGAAUUGUUGAAGAUUUCACAGCAUAUGCAGAUGUUUGCUUCAAGGAGUUUGGAGAUAGGGUUGCAUCAUGGACGACAAUGAAUGAGCCAAACAUUGGUGCAUUGGCCUCUUAUGAUGUUGCUAUAUUCCCUCCUGGUCGUUGCUCGGAUCCAUUUGGAGUAACAAAGUGCACCUCUGGGGACUCUAGUGUGGAACCAUACAUGGCAGUUCAUAAUACCCUUUUGGCGCAUGCAUCGGUUGUCAGUCUGUACAGAAAAAAAUAUCAAGCCAUGCAAAAAGGAGCUGUUGGCAUAAGUAUUUACUCUUUCUGGAGUUAUCCAUUGACAAAUUCCACUGUGGAUUUAGAAGCAACUAGGAGAUGUAUAGAUUUCUACUUCGGCUGGAUACUAGAUCCGUUGGUGUUUGGGGACUACCCGCAAGUAAUGAAGAAGAAUGUUGGCUCUCGCCUUCCACCCUUCACGGAAGUUCAGUCUGAACUUAUCAAGGGUUCUUUAGAUUUUAUUGGAAUAAAUCACUACUACUCUCUGUACGUGAAUGAUCGCCCUCUGGAAACAGGCGUUCAAGACUACAAAGCAGACAUAUCAGUUAGUUUAAGGGGUUCUAGGAUAGAUCCACCAUCUAGUCAGGGCUUCCCAGUAAAUGUUCCAAGUGAUCCCAAAGGGCUGCAGCUUCAACUGGAGUACCUGAAAGAAACCUACGGAAACCUUCCGGUCUAUGUCCAGGAGAAUGGUAUGGGUUCUGCCGACGACAGCCUAGAUGACACGGACAGGGUCGGUUACCUGAGCAGCUACAUGGAAAGCACACUAAACGCGAUGAGGAACGGGGCGGACGUGAGAGGGUACUUCGCGUGGGCAUUCAUGGACCUGUUCGAGCUCCUGUCCGGGUACCAGUUGAGGUAUGGGCUGUACCGCGUCGACUUCGCCAACGGGAGGCGGCCGCGGCAGGCCAGGCUCUCGGCUCGCUGGUACUCCGGCUUCCUCAAGCACAACGGAACCUCUGCGCUCGCGCCGAGAACGACGCAGAUGAACCAGGCGCUGAACUUGUUGUCCUGACUCCCGAGUCCAGUGCAACCGCGCGCGUCAGGUUUCGAUUCAGAAAGCGCGAUUCUCGGAUUACAUUACUAGAAACCAAUACUCCUGUAACCACUACUGUAUUUUCUUGAUUAUUAUUUUCUUUAGAAAGCCAUCACUUUCAGAGCAAGUUGAAGAAACGAAACGCUCGAAUUGUAAGUGAUGCAUUUCUUUGCUGUUACAUUACAUUGACCCUUGUUACAGAAAACCAUGAGUUCAGAUAUAAAAAACAUCAUGGUUACGCUUACA